AUGGCCUUUAGAUAUUGGCAAUUUCAAUGUGCUUUGUUGACUAAUUUUUGUUUUUUCAAUUUUCAGCCUGGGAAGGUGGCCUUGGCAAAAGUAGACUGUGAUAAAGAAAGUUCUUUAGCAGCCAGGUAUCAUGUCUCAAAGUAUCCUACACUCAAACUCUUCCGUAACGGGCAACCAGUGAAGAGAGAAUACAGGGGUCAGAGAUCAAUUGAUGCCUUUACAAAUUUCUUGAAAGAACAAACCAAGGAUGUAAUUAUAGAGCAUGCUAGUAGUGAUGAAUUUGACAGUACAGAGGGUAAAAAACGUAGAAUCCUGGGAAUGUUCGAGAGCAAGGAUUCUGAAAACUAUAUGACAUUUGCAAGAGUGGCAAAUGGUUUGAGGGAUGACUGUGAAUUCCAUAUUUCAGUUGGGCCGGGGUCUGCUAAAGAUAGGGUAUCUGGGGAUCUUGUCCUUUUCAGAGGACCACAUACUAAAAAUGAAGAUGUUGUGUACACAGGAAUGUUGAAUGAUUAUGAGAUUUUGAAACAGUGGAUAACUGAUAAAUGUAUACCCUUGGUCAGAGAAAUUACUUUUGAAAAUGCUGAGGAAUUAACAGAAGAGGGGUUGCCAUUCCUAAUUUUAUUUCAUGAUCUAGAUGAUAAAGAAACCCCUAGAAUAUACCAAGAGGAAGUAGCAAAACAAAUAAUAAAUGAAAGAAAUAAUGUAAACUUUUUGACAGCUGAUGGUAAAAAGUUUGCUCAUCCACUGCAUCAUCUUGGAAAGAGUGACAAAGAUUUGCCUGUACUUGCCAUUGACAGUUUUAGGCAUAUGUAUGUCUUUCCAUAUGAUGUUAAAACAAGACUGACUGAACCUGGUCUUUUAAAGACUUUCAUAGCAGAUUUACAUUCUGGAAAACUCCACAGAGAAUUCCACCAUGGCCCAGAUCCCACCCCACCGCCUCCAGUGCAAGAGCAGCCAUCCAGUGAAGACCAAGAAGAACAGCCAGCUAACCAUGUGCCAAAAGAACCUCAACAACCAAACCAACCAGCACAGCAUCAGUUUCAGCAAGAACAACCCACAGACCCACCAGAGUCCACAUUCAGAAAACUUGCCCCAUCUAGAAACAGAUACACACUACUUAGGGAUGAGCUGUAGAUUUAU